AUGUCAUGGACCCCAGUCUAUACCUCGAUGACUAACAUGUAUACUCUUCUUCCACCACACAGUAAUCUGUCGCAAAACCAACAACAAAAGCGAGGCCUACAACAAGUGGGAAGCUUGCCUCUAUCGGCGUCACCACAGCAGUUGUCGCUGUCGGCGGGACUACUACCUCCCUCUUCAUAUGCUACAAACCCAUAUCACACGUCACCGUACACGACCUCUACCUUUGGCUACCAUCAACCAUCUCCUAUUCAACAUCAUCAACAGCACAGCCCCUUUCAGCAACAGCCUCUUGCUCCACCACCACAGCUACCUCAACAACUCUCACAAUCACCACUGAAUCCACGUAAGCGACGCACAAGUGAACUCGACCCUCAAUCUCUCCCUGGAUCUUCCCUCGGCGGCUAUGGUCUUGACCAGCACGGUCUCUUUGGCCACCCUGAUCGUCACAACAGUGACCAGAGCAACUACGUCUUGAGUGGACCGUCGACUGGUGGUCCUGGACCAGGUGACCAAGGUAUCCCUCGACAUGAUACACCACCUGCCCGACCAAAGAAAGGACGAACCAACACACCUUGGACGCCUGCGGAAGAGCAAAGGUUGAAAGUCAUGAGAGAUGCGGGCAACAGCUGGAGCGAGAUUGCAAAGACUUUUCCCACACGGACCGAAGGCAGUGUCAAGAAGCAUUGGUACAAGGACAUGCAUUACGCAGAGUUUGCGGAAGACGAGAGCGCGGCGUUACUCGCUGCCAUCAAGGAAUACGAGCAGAGCAAGUGGAAGGUCAUUGGACAGAAAGUCGGUAAACCUGCCAAGGCAUGCGAACAGUACGCCAAAGAGCAUUUCGGCAGCAAGAGCUGA